AUGGCAGAAAGUGACGCUCUGUGCGCUUCGGCACCACCUGAACCUCGAGCCUCCGGAAAGCAAAAGUCGAACGCCAAGAACCAGAAUAAGACACCUGCUCCGAAAAGAAGAUGCGUUUCAACAGCGUGCAUUGCAUGCAGAAAACGUAAAUCUAAGUGUGACGGGAACACGCCUAGUUGUGCUGCUUGCUCUUCAGUUUACCACACGCCAUGCAUUUACGACCCGAACUCGGACCAUCGACGAAAAGGGGUUUACAAGCAACAUAUUGACAACUUGAAGAACCGCAACUCCACUCUUCAGACUCUAGUGGAAGCUAUUCUCAAUUAUGAUGAAGAUGACGCCUGGGACCUUGUUCGGCAGAUGCGCAUGAGUAAUGACCUGGAGGCUGUAGCGGAGUCCAUCCUGAAACGACAGUCUAAGCCAUGUGACAUUGAGCCACAACCUCUCCCUCAGGAGGAUGAUCAAUCUGCAAUAGCGAGUGUACCGCAAUUUGAAUCGGAGUUGGCAGGGAGAAUGAGCGAACUUCGACUUGAUGGAACUGUUAAAUAUGUUGGAGGAACCUCAAAUCUAGUAUUCUUGCCGAUGAGCCCCGACCCUGACGAUUCUGAUUCGGGCAUGGUCCGUUCUGGAGAGAAUCAGCAUCCUUCCGAUAACCUUAUUACAUGCUGGACUACAGUUACAAAAAAUAAAGAGUUGAUUUGCCAUCUUCUUACAAUGUACUUUACGUGGCAUUACCCCUAUUUCACUACCCUGUCGAAAAGCUUGUUCUAUCGAGAUUACGUACGUGGUCGGCCUAGCCAACACUGUUCAGCAUUACUUGUCAAUUCCAUGCUCGCACUUGGCUGUCAUUUUAGCGCAUGGCCUUCUGCGCGUGAAGACCCGAACGACUCGGGGACUGCAGGUGACCAUUUUUUUCGGGAAGCGAAGCGAUUAACUUUAGAAAAUGAUGAACACGAGAAAGCUAGGCUUUGCAAUGUGCAAGCUUUCGCACUCAUGUCCGUACGGGAAGCAGGCUGUGGCAGAGAAGGUUCUGGUUGGGUAUACAGUGGCAUGAGUUUUCGAAUGGCGUAUGACCUUGGUUUAAACGUGGAUGCGACAGGAAUUGGCUCCAACCGACUGAAAGAUGAAGACAUCGACGCUCGUAGGAUAACAUUCUGGGGGUGCUAUUUAUUUGAUAAAUGUUGGUCAAAUUACUUAGGUCGGCAACCUCAACUAUCGGGCGCACAGAUUACUGCACCAAAAGCAGAAGUUUUUCCAGAAGAAGAUUCAGAAAAUUGGUCCCCCUACACUGAUUCCGGUGUUUCACGGGAGCAUGUUCAACCUGCACGAACGCGUGCUGUUGCUUUGCAGAUUUCCAAACUGUGUGAAAUAAGCAGCGAUUUGAUGUCAAGCUUCUACAACCCUAUCCCUGUAAACCGGCAUAUGGGGAAACAAGAGGAGCUACGAAGGUUAAGCCAAUUGCACACAAGAUUAGAAGCAUGGAAAAAGUGCCUUCCCAAAGAAAUGGAGCCAAAAGAUGGCCAGCUACCUCAGGUCUUGCUAAUGCAUAUGUUCUUUCAACUUCUGUACAUACACUUGUACAGACCCUUUUUGAAGUACACAAAAGCCACUUCUCCACUCCCGCAACAUGUCUCGCCAAGAAAACUGUGUACUCAAAGCGCCAUCACAAUAUCGCGUCUUCUUCGAAUCUAUAAACGGACUUAUGGCCUGCGUCAAAUCUGCAAUGUUGCGGUGUAUAUCGUGCAUUCUGCCUGCACAAUCCAUCUCCUCAAUCUUCCCGAUAAAACUGCCAAACGCGAUAUUAUAUAUGGCCUUAAAAAUCUAGAGGAAAUUGCAGAUAGCUGGCCUUGCGCUCGCAGAACGCUGCGGAUAUUAGACUUAUCUGCCCAGAAAUGGAAUGUUGCUCUUCCUGCAGAGGCAGCUGCUGUGUUAGAGCGGUCGCAUGCCAAAUUUGGUUCCUGGGCCUCUUGGGACCAAGUACACUCUCCAUCCACUUCGGAUGAAUCAAUUAAAUUGACAAGUUGCGAGGCUCCGUCUGUCGCAUCUACCCGUGGAUCGACCCCGGAAGAAAGCCCUCAGGUUUCUCUUGUAUUUACUAGCCAGUCUCCGGCUGUGCAGGCCAGACAUUCUGUUAUAGCACAUCAUCCGCAGUCAGACCAUCGAGGCGAAGAUUUCACGUCUACACAUAUACUAUCCCAACACAUACAAAGCAACUCACCCCAGGUACCUACGGCAACCAACCCUUUCUUAGAAGUAAGUGCGGGGGCAAAAUUACAAGGCGAGGACGCUCCGGUAACCUUGCCAGUCACGAAUACUAUACCUUCUAAUAUAGAGGCCCCUCAAUAUUCUUGUUUUCCAACCCUUGAUAAUCUCGUAGAAGAGAGUCGAGAUUGGUGGCUUCAAGAUCAAAGUGCCCUCGCCUUGGGCAUAGAUAACUGGCCUUGGGGCAAUCCAGAUCUAGACAUUGAUGUUGUUCAAAAAAUACUAUCGACAAAUACAUCGACACCUUCAUUUAGCGACAGCAAUCAUAUCACACCCAAUCAAGUUAACACCGUCGCUAGCUCUUCUCUAGGGGUCCCUAUUACACCCCAUACUUAUACUGAAAGCUAUUUUGGGACCGGGCCGGCACCCGAAGUUAAUGGCCCGCGGCCCUUUACUGCCCCCCCUCUCGAAGAUCAUAAGCCGGGCCAAUUGUAUUAUUAG